CUCUUGCCGCAGGGCAACGCAGUAACUUAACAAAUCGAAAGAGCAAAAAAAAAAACUACAAGUGAAUUUGCAAAAGUGUGAAUAAUAAAUUCAAAGUUUGCGAACGAAUCGGCAAAAUGUUUAAUGUACUGCAGCGCCUGCUGGGCGGUGAUAGUCCGCCGAACAAAGUUCUGGAAAUCAAGAGUGAAUCACUGGGCACCCUCCAGGUGUUGGCUCGCGAUGAUGCAAUGGUCCUCUUCGCUCCCCCGUACAACAGCAGCGACAAACGCUCCGCCGUCUACGAGAUUGUGCUGCAGCGCCCCACCUCCGACUCCAACACCACCUCGUUCAGUUUGUUUCGUUCGCCCACUCAGCGGGAGGCCGAAGAAAAGUUUAACACAUUUAUGGAGCGACUGCCCGUCUUUGUGGGCCUCGUCAGAGAGUAUUACAAUGUGAAUGGCUUGCAAAAGAUAUGUGAUGUGCUCUCGGAGAAUCCGUCGUGGACGCUGGCCCAUCUGGUCGCCUACUUCAAUCUGACCGAGUACAUCAGCAAUCCCAAAGUGUUGCAGUGCGUCGAUGCGGCGGAUCACACGACGCUCAUGUCACCCUUCCAGCUAGCCAUCAAACAGAGCAACAUUGAGAUGGUUAAACAGCUGCUGCCACUAAGCAAAAUCGAACACUUGGACAUAAAUAGUAACUCGGUGUUUCACUAUGCCGCCAGCACCACCAAAGAGAUCAUCAAUCUGCUCACCGCAAACAGCACGGUUAAUCUGAACCACCUCAACUCGGAUGGAUAUACGCCGCUGCAUCUGGCCUGUGUGACGGAUAAGCCGGAGAAUGUGAAGGCUCUUCUGCUGGCCGGCGCCGAUGUUAAUUUGAAUGCGAAGAACAUAAGCAAACUGUACAAAACAUCGACACCCACUUCGGUAGCUGGUUUUCUUCGCAACAAUGCCAGCAAACUGUACACACAGGAUAUGAAAUAUGGAGGGACACCUCUACACUGGUGCUCCUCGCGCGAAACACUGCAAGCGCUCAUCAUGGAGGGUUGCGAUGUAAAUGCCACGAAUUUCGAUGGCAGAACCGCAUUGCAUGUGAUGGUGGCACGCAAUCGAUUCGAGUGCGUCGUCACACUCCUCGCUCACGAUGCGGACAUCGAUGUGCUGGACACGGAGGGAAAUGCGGCACUGCACAUUGCCAUUGAAAAGAAACUGGUGCCGAUUGUCCAGUGUCUUGUCGUCUUUGGCUGUGACAUCAAUAUGAAGAAUAAGGCUGGCAAAUCACCGCGUCACAUGGUUGGCAACGAUGCGAGCGGCAGCAAGGAUGAUGAAAUCCUAUACAUAUUGCAUUCGGUGGGGGCGAAACGCUGCUCCGAAGCCAACUCAAAGUGUCCGCCCGGCUGCAAUGCCAAAGGCGCCUACAAUGGCAUACCGCCCGAGGCACCCGAACCUGUCGAGAAGCGCGAACACAUUGAAACUAUGCUGGCGACGACCAGUCGUCAAGUGGUCAGCGGUCUGCUAUCAGCAGCAGUCAAUGGACAAAUGGAUAAACAACAGCAAGCAGCACAAAUGCCCGUCGUAGUCGAUACGGAGAAGGAGCAAAAGGGUCAGAGCAUUAUGGAUGCAUUAUUGGGCAUGUUCAUCACCAAAGUCAAUGCGGAUGAGCAGAAGAAGGAGAGCUCGUCGAGCAAUGUAGCCAGUGCAGCAUCAACGCCACAAUCGGGUGUAGGUACUCCGGAACAGGUGGCCUCGCUAAUGUCACCGUUUCCCUCGGAGAUUGGUGACAAGCCGUAUGGACGUGGACGUCUGCUAUGCCUAGAUGGCGGCGGCAUACGUGGCCUGGUGCUAGUCCAGAUGCUGCUCGAGGUUGAGAAGCUAUCGCGCACGCCCAUCAUUCACAUGUUCGACUGGAUCGCCGGCACCAGCACCGGCGGCAUCUUGGCUCUGGGUCUGGGCUGUGGCAAGAAUAUGCGGCAAUGCAUGGGUCUCUAUCUGCGCAUGAAGGAGCAGUGCUUUGUGGGCUCGCGACCAUACCAGAGCGAAUACUUCGAGGGCAUACUCAAGGACAAUCUCGGCGAGUUCAAUGUGAUGACCGACAUCAAGCAUCCAAAGAUUAUGGUCACUGGUGUAAUGGCGGAUCGUAAACCGGUCGACUUGCAUUUGUUUCGCAAUUACACAAGUGCCAGUGAUAUUCUUGGCAUUGUGACUUCCAUAAGCAAUCGACGCGUACCGCCGCCCCAGCCGGAGGAUCAGUUGGUAUGGCGUGCUGCACGUGCCACGGGUGCAGCUCCCUCAUAUUUCCGUGCAUUUGGGCGUUUUCUGGAUGGUGGCCUCAUCGCCAACAAUCCCACACUGGACGCCAUGACUGAGAUACACGAGUACAAUAUGGCGCUGAGGAAUGUGGGUCGCGAAGCUGAGGCUGUGCCCGUCUCAGCUGUGGUCUCCCUGGGCACUGGUCAUAUACCAGUCACUGAACUGAAGGACAUCGAUGUGUUCCGCCCAGAGAGUAUCUGGGAUACUGCCAAAUUGGCCUACGGCAUAUCGACAAUUGGCGCAUUGCUUGUGGACCAAGCCACCUGCUCGGAUGGACGGGUGGUGGAUCGUGCUCGUGCCUGGUGCAGCAUGAUUGGCGUACCCUACUUCAGAUUCAAUCCGCAGCUGAGCGAGGAUGUGGCCAUGGACGAGAAGGACGACCAGAAGCUGAUCAACAUGCUGUGGCACACCAAGGCCUACAUGCACAUCAAUCGCAACAAAAUCAUCGAGAUGAUCAAUUUCCUCAAAUAGCGCGCAAGAAGGAUUUAGACCGCACAAGAUUCGGCAAAUUGCUGCCUCAUUUGCUCCUCCACUCUAGAUGUAUUCCCCCACUUUCUGCACUGCUGCGUGUAAAUACGUUACUCCUUUUCCUGCACCUCUUCCUAGCGGUCUAAAUCAAGCCCUCCACACACACAAAAUGCCACCCAUUAACACAAAAUAAUUACCCAACCGAAAAUCAUUCUUUUCUAAUACAAAUAAAACGUUUCAUAUAUAUAUAUAGAUAAAAGACAUUAUAUGGUUCCGUAUUGCCAUGAGGAUAGAGAAUUCACUUGUACGGGCUUUGAAUGUAUUGUGGUAUUAUUGGAUAGCAAAAUCCUUAAAAAUUUUGAAUCUUGUGUUAAAUUACUUAUUUAUCUUGUAUUAUUAUUAUGUGUAUUGUAUUUUUAUUUUUGCCAAUUGAAUUCUUAGGCUGUAUGAUGUAAACAUUCCGUGUCGCUUUGGCAUUUAAGUAUAAACAUUGUACAAGAGCACGAAUUUUAAAUAAAACUUUUUGAUGUGAUGUUAAA